AUGGAACUCAUUCAUGAAUUAAUCCGCGAGGCGAGCUUCCUGAUAAUUGCGCCACGAUCCAUAUUUGAUCAAUGUUUGCCCCAAAUCAAUCUAUCUAUCUAUCUAUCUAUCUAUCUAUCUAUCUAUCUAUCUAUCUAUCUAUAUAUCUAUCUAUCUCACUCUGUUCUUAUCUAUUUCUCUAUCUAUCUUAGUAAGUUUUUAUCUAAGUCUAUCUAUCUAUCUAUCUAUCUAUCUAUCUAUCUAUCUAUCUCGGUGUUCAUAUCUAUCUAUCUAUCUAUCUAUCUAUCUAUCUAUCUAUCUAUCUAUCUAUCUCUGUUCCUAUUUAUCUCUCUAUCCAUCUAUAUGAGUAAUUUUGCAUCUAUCUAUCUAUCUAUCUAUCUAUCUAUCUAUCUAUCUCAUAAGUUUUUAUCUAAAUCUAUCUAUCUAUCUAUCUAUCUAUCUAUCUAUCUAUCUAUCUAUCUAAAACCAACCUUGCACUUUCUCUUUCUUCUCCCUCCCUCUCUCCUUAUCUAUGAUUACCUUUCUUCCUGCGAUCUGCUUAUUACAGUUUCUUUCUCUAUGAUUAGUUUAUAUCUUUCUCUACCACUCCCUAUACCUAUCUUCCCCUUAGUCUCAACACUUUCAUCUCUCUGCUUUUCUUUCUUUCUUUCUUUCUUUCUUUCUUUCUUUCUUUCUUUUGCGUCUGUUUUCCUUUUACUCUCCUCGUGUCUUUCAUCCUCUUUUCUCUCACAUCUUUCUUUUUUCUUUCUUUCUUUCCCAUCUUUCCUUGUCUUUCUUUCUUACUUUCUUUCUUUCUUUCUUUUAGGUCUUUUUCCCCUUUUCUUUCAUGUCUUUAAUCCUCUUUUUUCCCAUCUCUUUCUUUCUUUCUUUCUUUUCUUUCUUUCUUUCUUUCUUUCUUUUAGGUCUGUUUUCCUUUUACUCUCAUGUCUUUCUUUCUUUUUUCUUUCUUUCCCAUUUUUCCUUUCCUUCUCUUUCUUUCUUUCUUUCUUUCUUUCUUUCUUUCUUUCUUUCUUUCUUUUAGGUGUAUGCAUAUUCAUUACAUCACUAUCUAUCUAUCUAUCUAUCUAUCUAUCUAUCUAUCUGACGUGUCAUGAUCUUUCUCUUCUUCACACAUUCAUACUUAUAACUCCUCCCCCAUCAUUUUUUCCAGUCAAUAUACUUCAUUCUUUCUUUUUUUCUGUUUCCUCUUACCCUCAUGACUUUCAUCCUCUUUUCUCUCACUUCUUUCUUUCUUUCUUUCUUUCUUUCUUUCUUUCUUUCUUUCUUUCUUUCUUUCCCAUCGUUCCUUUUCUUUCGUUCUUUCUUUCUUUUUUCUUUUUUCUUUUUUUUUUAAACGUUCUCGUCUUCUCCCAUUCAUACUUGUAUAUACUUCACUUUCUUUCACUUUAUUCUUCUCUCCCUUCUUCCAGUCAAAAUAUCUUUCACUUUCUUUCUUUGAAAGCUUUCUUUCAUCCAUUCACAUUAAUAUAUACUUCACUUUUCCUCGUUCUAUUGUUUUCUCUCUCCUGCCAGGCAAUAUGUCUCACAUUAAUUCUGGACACACGAUCACCUGUCCAUUUGCCGGCUGCCCUAAGCACAUGGCAAGGAUGCUGCUCAGAAUGUCUUCUUUUGUUUAAUUAUAAUCCGAUAACGGCACUCUGCUUCAUACCCCUCUUCUGCACACACAAACAUACACACAUACAUACAUAUCUAUCUAUCUAUCUAUCUAUCUAUCUAUCUAUCUAUCUAUCUAUCUAUCUAUCUAUCUAUGUCAGUCUGUUCAUAUCUAUCUCUCUAUCUUUCUAUCUAUGUCAUCUGUUCAUAUCUAUCUAUCUAUCUAUCUAUCUAUCUAUCUAUCUAUCUAUCUAUCUAUGUCAGUCUCUUCAUAUCUAUCUAUCUAUCUAUCUAUCUAUCUAUCUAUCUAUCUAUCUAUCUAUGUUAGUCUGUUCAUAUCUAUCUAUCUAUCUAUCUAUCUAUCAAUCUAUGUCAGUCUGUUCAUAUCUAUAUCUAUCUAUCUAUCUAUCUAUCUAUCUAUCUAUCUAUCUAUCUAUGUCAGUCUGUUCAUAUCUAUCUAAUAAAUCUAUCUAUGUCAGUCUCUUCAUAUCUAUGUCAGUCUCUUCAUAUCUAUCUAUCUAUCUAUCUAUCUAUCUAUCUAUCUAUCUAUCUAUCUAUGUCAGUCUGUUCAUAUCUAUCUAUCUAUCUAUCUAUCUAUCUAUCUAUGUCAGUCUGUUCAUAUCUAUCUAUCUAUCUAUCGAUCUAUCUAUCUAUCUAUCUAUCUAUCUAUCUAUCUCAGUCUGUUCAUAUUUAUUCACUGCCAUAUAG